AUGAGAAUAGAAUUCACAAGAUCACGAUUUGUAUUCCUUUUUUUAUCAUUGGGCUUAUUGUUCACGAGGAGAGCAAUUGCAAUUAACAAUAAACACCCUUUAUCAGACCUACAUGCAAAUGCUUUACGAAAAGACUUCAAUGAUUGUAUGGACAGAAUAGAAAAGGAUGACCCGAAAUUUCAUUCAUGUCAAGGAUUUUCGUCAAUUGAAAGUUGUCGUUGUUUCUUCUUGAAAGAGGUUGACCAACAAUGCAAGUCAUUGGGUAAAAAAAGCAGUAAUUAUUGGCACUUUGAGCACCAGCUUCUAACAACCUGUAAAGGUGUUCCCACAAAUGGUUACUAUCUGAAGAUUUCAGCCAAUACUAACGGAAAUAAUGACUUUAAAUACGAUAAUAAUUUGGGUAUUAACGCUUCUGGAUCGUAUGGAACAGAUAUAUUUGCAAGUGGUAUCUCCCCAAGAUAUUAUCCUUCUAAAACUCUUGCAGCCUAUGAACCACAUAUACUCGAUAAUAGCGUUAAUGUAACUCAUGGAUUGCAGAAGAAAUCGGAUGCUGCCGCUACUACUUUAGACUUUAAAGAAUACUAUGAAAAAAAGAAACCAAAUGCCAUGACAAUUGAUUGCAAGCUUAUGAGGUCCUUGAAGAUAACAGCUUCACCAACAAAUCAUCAAAUGACACAAUUUUCAACGACAAUUUUAGUUCAAAAUCCAACUGGAACCCACACAGCUUCUAUCGAAGCUAUAAUGGUCUUACCGAAGAAUAAAGACCAAUCUCACGACCUGAAACACGAAAAACGAUUGAACAUCAACACCGUAAACGCAACAACUAAUUUUACAGAGACAAGUGUUGUUUACUUGUCUGAUGCAUCUUUUUUCAGCCAAAAGUUACCACUAAUUUUACUUGCGGCAUCAGUCUUACUUUCCAUUACUUUUCUUUCUUCCUACACAUGCUAA